CAGCAGCAACAGCAACAACAGCAGCAACAGCAGCACCACCAACAGCACUAAUAGUAGCGGCAUCAGUGGUAGCAAGAGCAACAGCAAGAGCAACAGCAAGAGCAGCAGCUGGACUUAUAGCAGAAACAGAGGCAGCAGGCGUCGGAGCGAAGGAGAAGGAGGAGGAGGAAGGAAGACUGGGAGUACGGAGCCCAAGGAUGAGGCUCGGUAGGAAUAUCGAAGCCCAGUUGUGGCUGCUCGCGGCGGCAUUUGCCGUGACGAGGACAGCGCGUUCGCCGGCCGAGGGAAUCCUCGGUAUGGAGUUCGAUGACGAGACGGGCGAGGAGCUGCUCAAGGCCCUCAUGCCCUCUGAUAACAGCAUACUAACGGACUUGGAGAAGCUGGCCGAACUCCCGGACACGACGAUCGUCCUCAUCGGAGAGAAACACGCGCACGCCAGCCGCAAGGAGCCUCUCGUCGUCUACCAGACAGGCAAUAGCGAGGAGGAUUUACCGGAGUGCCGGGAGAAGAGCGAGGUCUGCAGCAAGGUCGAUCUCUACGGUGAUCCCUGGGUUGAGCGGCAGUGCCGCUGUCCCUCCGCUCGGGCCUGCUCGCGCAGCCUCCACGCCGACGACGGCCACACGAUCGUCGACAAGACUCGCCAGUACAAGCUCUGCGAGCCGGUCAAGCGCCUCCCGAUCUGCCGUUACUUCAAAGACGUCACGUGGACAAUAGCGCCUGGCGCCGGACCCAACAACUCCACCGUCCAGAAGAUGCACUGCAGGUGCCGGCCCGGGAGCGUCGCCUAUCUCGUCAAGAGGCAGUACUACGUGCUGCCCGAUGGGAAUCCGGCCUUCGUCUACUCCUUCGCCUGCUCUCCGCAAAGCAGGAUGAGGUGCCAGCCUAAGGAGCCCUGCCGGCUAUUCACCGUUCACAAGCGGCCCUCCUCCCAGCUCGAGGAGGUGAACGCCUCGCCGCUCUGCCAGUGCUCCAAGGGCCACCGUUGCCCGAGGCGGCACACCGAGCCCGGCUCCCUGCCAUCGAGCUACUACGGCGACGGCCUCGGGGUCAAGGUCUACAGCGGCCACUGCGUGCCCGCGCGCCACAGCAACGAGCCCGUCUACACCCUCGUCAAGUGAGGGCCGGCCCUCCCAGCGCCGAGCCACUCUUCGUGUCUUCCACGCUCCCCCGUGACCAGAUCACCCCGAGGGGACGCUGGACGGGGGAGGAUCGUCCUCGCCUCGCCCGAGCCGCCACGGCCGAGCGCCACCGUUGCCAUUUUUUUUCCAGCGAGUGCCGUGGCCAAACGAGGGGGCGGGCCUAUCUCUUUAACUUUUACGAGCGCCUCAGCGACGAAGAAACAUUUUGUUAGCGCGAAGGAGAGGAGGAGCCCCACCCCGAGUGAGAUAAGGGAUACUCGCUCGUUACUACUCCCGAUGUCGAUGUCGAUGUCGAAGUCGACGCGACACUCGCACGUGGACAAGCUUUAAAGCGACGGAAUGAGAGAGAGAGAGAGAGAGAGAGAGAGAGAGAGAGAGAGAGAGCGAGUGAGAGUGUACGAAAGAAUACACGUGCGUGUAUGACAACAAAAGAGCCUCCACACACGCACUUGCUGACAAUAUUGUUAUACGCGAUACCGUUUAUAAAAAUACCUGUUCAAAGGUAAAAUUAUCGUUGAAUUUGUAAAGAUACUUGUAUAGUUAAUUAUAUUCUAAGCUAUAACGAUGAAUUUUUCAAAUUUUAUCGACGCACCUGGCGACCGGGACCCUUCCAUCGCCACUUACACUCGUUA